GCCAGAGGUCCAGAAUCACUUCACCUGAAAGGGGUUAAGAAGCUCAGAUAACCUGGUUGGCACCUGACCAAAAGGACCAAUAAGGAAAGAAGAUACUUUCAAAUCUGGAGGGAGUGGGAGAGUGGUUUUAUUUGUGCUCUCUUUGGUUGCUCCCUCUCUGGAAAAAGAGAGAGAUCAAGCAGGUAAACCAUCUCCUAAAAAGAUAUCUGAAAUGAUACAUCUAAAAUUACUUGAAAACUAGGGAAGUUUUCUUUUUUUAAGGACACUUUUUUUUCUUUUUUUUUAGCUGAGAGCAGCUGGAGUUCUUUUUCUUUGCCUGGGGGCAGAGUAGUUAAGUUCCUGCAAGGGAAUUCACAAGCUGGGUUUCUGGGUUUUUUUGACAGAUGACAGAAAUUGAGGUCCAAAAGAAACUAGAAUUAGCCAGAUUUGAAGCUGAAGAGAGACAGAAAGAACAUGAAAGACAAAUGGCCUUAAAGUGCUUGGAGUUGGAAGCAGAGGAGGGGAAAAAGGCAAAACGCUUGGAGGCAGAAGUGAAACGCUUGGAUACGGAGUUAGAGCUGAAGCGCUUAGAGCUGGAAAGGGCUAAGCUGGGUCUAGCAGAUAACCCUAACAGUCCUUCUCCAGUUUAUUUGAGCAUGAGCUUUCGUGAGCUACAGCUCACUUCAUCGGAUGCAUAGCAUAUCGUGGAAACUGCAGAAGACAUUAUAUACACACAGAGACCAUGAAACAAAACUUCCUCCCACCUCACUCCCCCGCUGGCAACAGCUUAUCUAAAGUGAUCCUCAAGUAGAGCAGAAACUUUAUAUGGGCAAAACCCACAUGUGUGCAGUGUUUUUUCUCAGCGGAAGGUUGAUCUAUUUGGAGGAAGCAUGUUUAUGACACAGAUUGGACCAGAGCUAUUCCUCUAGGUGGGAGCCACAAGAAAAGGGAACCUGGUUAGAUCCACACAUGAGAGUGAUCAUAGGGGGAGGAGCUUGAGUGUAUUUCUCUGCCUCUCUUCACCUUGAGCUCACAGACAAUAGGAUGGGAGGACUGGAGACCCCAAGUCCUGAUGUUCUGUCUGCAUCUCCAAGAUGACAGCUGCAGACAAGAGCUACGAUUACACCUGUGACUUGGACAACACCAUCUCACGCAUAAAGAGCCACACUGUGAUCUGGAUAAAGAUCUGUUCUCUUGCUUGUUUUUUGUUAAGAAGAGCUACGUCUCAGAAAAUGACUUAAGCAUUACAACUGCACCACCUUAGAAGACUACCUACAGCAGUAACUGCAUUGGGAGCGAUAGCUCAGUGAUUUGAGCAUUGGCCUGCUAAAUCCAGCAUUGACAUGAGUCGACUUGGCUUCCUGUCUAAGUUCUUGAAGAUAAGGAAGUUGCAAAGCUCAGAAUCCUCAGAACUCGACCUGCCCUGACAGCGUCUGAGCCACCAUGGGAACCCGAGGUGAUGUGUAUCCAUUGGGGCUCUGCAUCGCCCUGUGCCUGUGGGGCACCGUGGCCCAGAAUAAUGGCGUACAAGGUACCACUGAGGACUGCAACAACCAUAUGUCCUGCCCACCAAACGCCAAGUGUGUGAACAACACCCACUGCACCUGCCUGGAUGGGUACCGGCCAAGAAAGUAUCGCUUCUUCACCGACACAACGGAGACCUGCAAAGAUAUUAACGAGUGUCUGUGGCCGAGGCCGCCAGACUGUGGACGCAAUGCAAUGUGCAUGAACACGGCUGGGACUUACUACUGCACCUGCAUCGAUGGCUACAAGCUCAGCUCUGGGAAAACCAACUUCACAGACGCGAGUGAGAACACCUGCCAGGGUAUUGACGAGUGUCAGGGCCCGAGCCCGGCAGACUGCGGACCCCAUGCAAACUGGACCAACGUGCCUGGGAAUUACUCCUGCACCUGCAUCGAUGGCUACGAGCCCAGCUCUGGGAAAGCCAGCUUCACACACGCGAGGGAGAACACCUGCCAGGACAUUGACGAGUGCCGCAAGACCCCAGAUAUCUGCGGCCCCAGGGCUAUGUGUAUCAACACCAACGGGAGCUACUGCUGUGAGUGCCGGGCCGGCUACGUCCCCUCCAACAGGAACGCGACCCUGUGCCAAGAACUCCAAGUCCCCAGCAUGAACUCCAGUGCUGAGUUUGAGGGAAUCAAAGAGACAUGCAGGAAUUUCUCUCUGCAGGUAAAGCAGAGCAGCGGAAACAGCAGUUGUUGCAAUUUCUUUAAUUCGACCUUAGAGAUUCUGAUGUCCACGUGUGGAGACGGGAGUGCGACGUUAUCACUGGAGAACACGACUCGCUCUUUCAACUCCCUCCUGAACAGCGUCUCCCUCUGGGAGGUCAGAGACAAGCAGGAGGUGGGGUCGGCCGUGACGGUCCUGCUGCAGAGCGUGGAACUGGCCGCACUGGCCACUGCGCUCCGGUCCCCGGAGAGGACAACACAGAACGUGACGACAGAGUCUCUGGCUAUCCAGACGCGGCUCGUCACUGGGAACUGCAGCCGGGACAGCGAGGUCUUCACGCUGAGCGCUCACAACGACACGAUGGAAGUGCACUGUGAUACAGUCACCGGGGCAGCCACACAAGCAGGUUUGGGGGCUGCUGCUUUUAUUUCCUACUCCACCCUGGACUCCAUCAUCAGUGCGAGACGUCUCAGCGAGGGAAAUCUACCGGCUGGUGGGAAGCUGGAGAAGAGUCAUCUCAACUCCAGGGUGGUGAGUGGGGCUGUCGGAGACGGGAGACCCAUUAACCUCUCCAGAUCCGCGAACUUCACCCUGCGCCACAGCCAGGACAAAAAACAGGAGGAAGAGGCACUCUGCGUCUACUGGAAAGUAGUGGCCGAGAGUGGCAGUUGGUCUCCGGACGGCUGCACCGCCGUGCACACGAACAGCACUCACACCACCUGCCGCUGUGACCAUCUCUCCAGCCUCGCCGUCCUAAUGGCUCCCACCCCAGUGACGGAGAGUGACCCACUGACCAUUGUCACCUACGUGGGACUGGCCCUCUCUCUGCUGUGCCUCUUCCUCGCCAUCCUCACCUUCCUCGUGUGCCGCUCCAUCCACAACGUCAGCACCUCCCUCCACCUGCAGCUCUGCCUCUGCCUCUUCCUGGCCGACCUGCUCUUCCUCACCGUGGUGACCCGCACCGGCAGUCGGGUGGCGUGUGCUGUCAUUGCUGGCUUCCUACACUACCUCUUCCUGGCCGGCUUCACCUGGAUGUUCCUGGAGGGGCUGCACCUCUUCCUCACCAUCCGGAACCUGCAGGUUGUGAAUUACACCAGCGCCAGCCGGUUCAAGAAGAGAUUUAUGUACCCGUUCGGCUACGGAGUCCCAGCCCUGGUGGUGGCUAUUUCUGCAGCGGUGAAUCCUGGAGGCUACGGAACUUCCAAAUACUGCUGGCUCAGCCAGGACAGAGGCUUUCAUUGGAGCUUCCUGGGUCCAGUCUCUGCCAUAAUCCUGAUAAAUAUAAUGUUCUUUGCCCUUACCCUGUGGAUCCUGAGAAACAGACUCUCCUCCCUCAAUGCAGAUGUGUCCACCCUCAGAGACCACAGGUUACUGACCUUUAAAGCCAUUGCCCAGCUCUUCAUCCUGGGCUGCACAUGGAGCCUUGGUCUCCUCCAAGUAGGACCAGCAGGCACGGUCAUGGCGUAUUUAUUCACCAUCGUCAGCAGCCUGCAGGGACCCUUCAUCUUCCUGGUGCACUGCCUCCUCAAUCGGCAGGUGAGAGAGGAGUACAGGAGAUGGAUCAAGGGAUUCCGAACGUCCAGCACGAAAUCUCAGACAUCCGAUCUAUCCAUGUCUGCUGUCCCCACCACCAGCACCAAGACGGAGUAACCCUUCUGCCAGGUGGAGGCGGCAACAACCAGGGCCGGGUUCAAUACCUAGCAGUUCCAAUACAAAACAGAACCAGCCGGAGCCCCCUGUGAUGUUGCACUCCCUACGCUUUAUGGAAAUAUGCUUCUGAAUAUGACAUAACUGGAAUAUGCUUUACGCUAAAUACCCCUUGUAGGGUGUCUUUAGAAAGCUUGUAAUCUACUAAGUGUGUUCUUCCUAUUUGUUUGCAUGUUUUAUUUCUAUAUCUGGAGUUAGGAGAAUAAGAUAUAAACUUGUAUCACUGAUGAAAAACAUUAAGUGGAGGCCAUUAAGGGUGCUCCAGAAACAAUCAGUCGUAAAUGGCCUUAGUUACUUGAAAGCCUUCCUGUGUACGUGUGGGCCAGCCCACGGGGAAUGGAGACUAGGGGUAUUACAGUGACGUGUGACCAUGUCACCUGGUAAUGGAAUCCAUCUUAAAACCGGUACUUUUCCAUUUAGAAGGAGAGGUGGGGACCCAGAGAGACAAAAGAUUCCCGUCUUGUGCCAAAGCUAUAAAGGGGGUGGAGCAGGACAAAGGGGAUGCCAGUCAUGAGAAAACCACAACUUACCACCUGAGAUGUCUGCUGAAUGGAACAAAGACUGUACCAGGGGAAAGGACUGGGCCCAGACUAGGAAGGAUUCUAGUCUGUGAAAGAAGCUAAUUGGAACAUCUUUGAGGGUGAGAUAUUACCUGUAAUCAAAAACAACGAGGAGUUCGGUGGCACCUUGAAGACAAACAGAUUUAUUUGGCAUAAGCUUUCUUGGGUAAAAAACCCACUUCUUCAGAUGCAAGUGGGUGGGUUUUUUACCCUUGAAAGCUUAUGCCCAAAUAAAUCUGUUAGCCUUUAAGGUUUUUACCGGACUCCUCGUUGUUUUUGUGGAUACAGACUAACACAGCUCACGCUCUGAUACUUGAUACCUAUAAUCAGUUUCUUAAUGUCCUAUGCUUAGACUUGCGUAUUUUGUUUUAUUUUGCUUUGUGACUUACUUUGUUCUGGCUGUUAUUACUUGAAACCACUUAAAUCCUACUCUUUAUACUUAAUAAAAUCACUUUUGAAUAUU